AUGGACGGCACCAACACCCCCAAGAAGGCACUAAGUGCAACAGCCAAGGAAUUUUCGUUCAACCCCGGCGCUGCCACCUGGACGCCACCUGCGUCCUUCGUGCCGCCGCCCCCAGCACCUGCUCCACCCCGAGCGUUUGAUGUCGCAAUGCCAGUUCCAAAGAAAGGUGGCGCUGCUGUGCUAGGUGUCACGUCUACACUUCCGGUAUCACCUCCUGCGGAUGAGAUAAAUACUUUGACCUUAGAGGAAAAGCCAAAGGAAGAACCAAAGAAAGAACCAAAGGCGUUGGAGCCCAAGGAAGACGUAAAAGACGAUAAGUUUAAAUCUGAAGACACGCCAGAUGAUGAGGUAGCUGAUGAGGAUGAUGCGUUUAGUGAAGAUGUGGAGGUCGGUGACGAGGAUCCGCGUGAACAUCUAAAUGUUGUGCUUAUUGGCCACGUCGAUGCUGGAAAGUCUACACUGUCCGGCAACUUGCUUUAUCUUAUGGAUAUGGUAGAUAAACGUACUAUUGAGCGCUAUGAACGGGAAGCCAAGCAACGCAACCGCGACAGUUGGUUUCUGGCUUACAUUAUGGACACGGGUGAAGAAGAGCGUGCGAAAGGAAAAACUGUCGAGGUUGGGCGCGCUCAUUUCGAGACGGAAACUCGUCGCUUUACCAUUCUAGAUGCUCCUGGACAUAAAAGUUACGUGCCUAAUAUGAUUCAGGGUGCGUCGCAGGCUGAUGUCGGUUUACUCGUGAUUUCGGCUCGUAAAGGUGAGUUCGAAACAGGAUUUGAGCGUGGAGGACAGACAAGAGAGCACGCCAUGUUGGCUAAGACAUUGGGCAUUAACAAGCUCAUUGUUGUGAUUAACAAGAUGGACGAAUGCGAUUGGAGUCUAGAACGAUUUGACGAAUGUAUUACAAAGCUUCGGCCGUAUUUACGAAUGUGUGGCUUUGCUGUCAAACGUGAUGUUUUCUUCAUCCCCGUUUCUGGGUUACACGGCGACAAUGUUAAAGUGCGCGUAGAUAAGGCCAAGGCUCCGUGGUAUGAGGGGGAUUCGCUUAUCAACCACAUGGACACCUUGCACAUCGGAAACCGUAAUCCAGAUGGCCCCUUACGUGUGCCGAUUUUGGACCGUUACGCUGAGCGUGGCACUAUUGCUAUGGGCAAAGUAGAGUCCGGUACCCUCAAGACUGGUCAAAAGGUGCUACUUAUGCCUACAAACGCUACGGCUGUUGUGCAUCAAGUAUACAUUAAUGAUCAACCUGUUCGUACGGCAAAGCCUGGUGAAAAUGUUACAAUGCGUCUAUCCAGCGGCCUUGAUGACGUCCAAAAGGGUUUUGUCCUAUGCGGCAUUCAUGAAGAGUCUCCUCCUCGCGCGAUACAUGCAUUCGCAGCCCAGAUUGCAUUGGUUGACACACUGGAGCACCGCCCGUUGCUAACGGCUGGUUAUAAAUGCGUUCUCCAUAUUCAUACCGUCUCCCAAGAGUGCGUGGUUGCCAAAUUAUUGCGACCUAUUGACCCAAAGACGGGCAAGCCGGUGAAGAAGCACGUGACCUUCAUCAAGCAGGGCCAAUCGGUUAUUUGUCGAAUUGAAGUGGAGCAGAGCAUCUCAAUCGAGACGUUUGCUACUAUGCCACAGCUUGGGCGUCUUACUCUUCGUGACGAGGGAAAAACAAUUGCCAUUGGUAAGGUGAUGGCGCUUGAGAAGUAG